GCUCCUUCACGCUCGAGGAUAGAGCAUCUUUCUGUGAAGAUACAUUCCUCACAUUUCACUGUUCAGCUUGGCGACAUGUACCCUCGUUAACUGGCAUUUUGUGUGGCCUAAAUGCCCCACAGACAUAUACCGACAUGUAUUUUCUACUUUUCAAAUGUUUACGAUGGUGAAUUAGAUGUUGCAGGUACUUUUCCUCAGCUAAUUAACCGCCAUCAGGAGGCAGCUAGCAGCCAAGCUAAUAGAUGAGCUUUACAUUUUACAUCACUGCAGUAGAAACCUUUUAGGAAACAUUCCUUGUACUGUUUUUUUGGUACAAUGUGGUAAUGGACGUUAAACAUGGCUUAUAAUGCUCGUGACACACGCUGAAUAUCAACCCUCCUCGACUUUAUCAGGGAACACAACACAGUGGCUUCUCCAAGAUGUGGCUGUGUGUUGCUGUUUUCCUGCUGUGGACAAGGUCAGGAGGAUGUUCAGAGAUGGCCAACACAUCAGACCUAAUUGAAUACACAGCUGCAGACUUCUAUGAGAAAUUGUAUUCUGGGAAGAUGAUGUUUAUCUAUUUUGAGGGUCAAGUCUCUCCGUCAAUCUCUCUCUUCCUGGUGGAGCUGGUGCGCUCGGCUGAGGCCCUGCAGGACUAUGGGGUACUGGUUGGCAAAGUGAACUGCAAUAAAGAACCAGUUUCUAAAUACUGCACAGAAGACAGAAUAUUGCUAACAGCUUUCCUCUUCAGAAGUGGUAAAGAGUUGUUGAGCUUUGAUUUGGACACUGUGUUUGACGUCAACGCCAUUGUCUCUGAAGUCCUGUUUGCAAUACUGCGUGAUGAGGUCAGGUAUGUCCACACGGAUGCUGACCUCCUGGCCAUGGAGAAGACAGCCAGAGGGAAGAAAGACAUCGUCCUGGGCUACGUCAGCAGCCUGGGGACACAAGAGCACAGAUCGAUAAUGGAGACGGCGUAUGUGUAUGGAUCCAAGUACCAGUUUAUUCUUAUAACUGGAGGCCCAGUCCUGAAACAUUUAGGUGUUAACAAAUCCUCUCCGUCCUCUCAAGUGUGGUUCCUCCACUGUAGAGUUCACAAAGGGUUCAUGAACCCACCGACCCCUGAGCGCUGCCCUUUGACCCGCAUGAGGAAACCUCUGUCCGUCCUCAGCCUCCACUCUUUCCUGCAGCUCAUGGAGGCUCCAUUAGUUUCUGAGGUAAAUGAGGACCCCUCACAAGUGCAGCCACCCCAGUUCCCCUACCAGCAGACCCCUCAGGUCUUCCUGUUCUCACGCCGUGAAACAGAGCACCUGGACCGGGACACGGCCGUUACUCUGGCCUGGAGGCUCCGUGGCCUGGCUCUGCUGUUCCUCGUACACAGGGACAGCCCUGGAGUUCAAACCCCAGAGGAUUACAAUGCUGCUUAUAGGCUCCCAGAGAAGGGUUCGGAGGUGAAGUAUUUGACCUUACACAGCCUUGAAGAUUUGUUGGAGCUCUUCACAAAUCCAGAUACAGAGGAAGAGGAGCAGGAGCUACAAGGGAUGGAGGAGGAGGACGACGAGGAGGACGAAGAGGAAGAGGAUACCAUUUUUGGCCAGUUGGAUGAUGAAGUUGCAGCAUCAGUUUACCAGGAUAGAGGCAACUUGUUGGACAUGGAUUUGUUCACCCCACUUAACACUGACAACUUCCACGAAACAGUUGCACAAAGUGGCCUGACAGUGGCCCUGUUCUACCUCAAAUGGGAUGCCGUUUCCAUGGCUUUCCUCACCUCCUUUGCUGAAGUUGCAGAAAGACUUGAAGAUACUGGUGUGGAUGACGUGCAGAUGAGUGCAGUCGACUGUGGAGAGUGGACCGACCUCUGUGCCGCUCAGUCAGGCAGCUCCCGUCCACUUCCCUUCCAGCCCAUCACAACUUUCCCUGCUGUCUUACUGUUUCGACCUGAGGAAUUAGCACAGCACUACAGAGGGAUGCUGGGUAGUGAAGCUCUGCAACGCUUCAUCAUGUUGAGUCGUCAAUCUUCACCUGUGCAUCUGUCCACCGAAGCUGAGGUGACUUCAUUCCUUGAGGAGGAGCUCUCCGGUUACACACCUGAAAAAGUGUUGGCGCUGUUUCAGAUACACACACAUGCAGGUGUAUCAAUGUUUGUUGAAGCAGCAAAGUCUUUGAGAGGGGAGCUGCUGACUGGACUGCUGACAGAUGGGCUGGCAGAGAAAUGGGCUUCGGACCACGCUGCGGACCUCCCAGUGGUUUUGGUUUUUCCAUCUUGGAGGACACACACUCAUCCCUCUGUGCUGCCUUUGUCCUCGACUACUGAGGACCUGAUAAUGCACAUAAACACUGCACUGCUUCACCCACUGCCUGAGCUAAUGGUGGAAAACCUGCCGAACUUCCUCUCUCUCGGUAAAGCUUUGCUCCUGCUCUUUGUGGGAGAAGAGGAGGAUGAGAUCGGGCAGAGGCAGAAUAAGGCGCUGGUGGAAGAGCUGAGAAGAGUCGUACAGUUGGGAGGGGGAAAGAUGGAGAGAUUUCUGCCUUGUUGGAUCCACCUUGGCCGAACUCCAGCUGGCAUACCCGUCCUGGGGUCGUAUCUAGGUGGCCUGCCCCCCCUUCCUGCUCUGGUCCUCACCCAUCUUCCCUCUGGAGGAGAAAUUUAUCAGUACCCCCCCAGGAGCCCUAUAGUGGCCCUCUCAGUCCUGCAGUGGCUGCAGAGGAUCGAAGACGGGAAUGAGUCUCCUGCAGGGAUGUUGGGUGAGCAGAGCUGGCCUCCUGUCGCCAAGUUCUACGAUUUCCUUACAGUCAUGGACAAGAACGACCCAGACUCGGCCCGGCAACAGCAGCCUAAAGAGGCAGUGGAUCAGGAACAGAAUGAGGGAGAGAAGGAGGAAAAGGAAGAGGUGAAUGUGGGAGACGGUGUGGUGGAAAAGCAGACUGAUUUUUACUCCAGCUCUUCUCCUCCUGACCCGAAACCUAACCCUCAUUCUGAGCUUUGACAGUUGGGAGAAGGCACUGAGCCGCUGAUAAAACCACACUCAUGACUGCUAUUUAUCCUGAUUUUUGCUGCACACUGGGAUUUUCAGUCUGACUGGGUCUGACCACUGUUUUUUUUUUUUUUUUUUUUUUUUUUAAUGGACCUGCUGCACCUCAUGUUUGGACUUGUGUGGCAGAAAUAUUUGGACACUUUGGUUAAACAUGCUGGACCACAGACACUCUUAUUUGUCAGCUGAAGUUGUUUUUUUCUCACUGUUCACAUUCUGUAGAUUUUUCAUUUCCUCAUAAUUCACUCCCAUUCCUGUGUCUCUGUGUCAGUCAGCCUGAUGGGAUAAUUUUUUUUUGUUUUUACAGUUCAGAUAAAAGCAGACAACAGCAGGUUCACACCCUGAGUGGCGCAGUUUAGCAUCAAGCUGGUUGCACAACAAAAUAAGGUAUUUGGGAAAUAUAUACACACACUCAGGGGUUUUUAGCUUUAUAUUUAUAUCAUCCAAAUACCGGUAUACUGUAUAAACUCAGUGUAAUCACAAAAAAAUGUAUUUUGGCAUUU